UCCGAGAAGUCCGAACUCUUUGGUUUGUUUUGGUUUAAAGGAAGAAACAAAAAACGUGAGAAUGGAAAUCGAAAAGGGAAUACUGAAGAACUCGGAAGAAAUUUCCCCCUUCGCGGUUGAGUUGGCUGAGCUGCUUGCCAUCCGUGAGGAACAGGAAGUUGUGCUCGAAGACAACGACUACACUCCCGAGCGUCUGAUACAGGUGCCGAAGUAUGGGCAGCAGGAAGCUCUCGCUUGGAACAAGUUCCAGCAAACGCUUCCGGCAGGAGUUGGUGGUGAUCCCGGCGAGUUAGUCGUUGCGCCUCGGCACAAACGUGAACGACAGUCGGACACAACCGUGGUGAGCUUCCAGUUGGACGAAUCGGUCGGUAGCAGCGUUGAGGACAAAAGAAAGGAUUCUAGGACAAGCCAGAAGUCGGUGGAAAGAAGCUCCAAAAUGGAGGAAACAGCACAGGCUCCCGAGAAGCCGGAGAUGUUCGAUGCCGAUCAAGAGCCCGAUUUGAGUGGCUUGAACGAACGCCGCAGUCCAUCGCUGGAAGCCAAAGCCAAAAAGUACCACGUGAAGAUACUGCUCACCGAAACCGACGAUAUGAUACUGUUCGAAAACUCGAGCCACACCGUGUUCCUAGAUUCGGAAGAGGCUGUGGAGGUGGAGGCACAGAAUCAUGAAUACGAAUCGAAGAAAUCUCGAAGGACUGCGGUGGCCGAAGCUGAAGCACAAACGCCGGAAGUUUUGUUGAAGUCGCGAGGCGUGAACACGAAACGUAUUGAGCGGCAGGAGGUGGCAUCGUUUGUGUCGAACUACGAUAUGUACGAUACGUACAACGAUUUGGAGAGGAACGUUAAAGAGAUUGAGCUGGGAGAAGCUUCGUCGAAGAUUGAGAUAACGACGUUCUGGCGCGAGGGAAUGGAAGAUAUCGAUGAGUUGUUGAACAAGAGCGAGAACUUCCAUUUAUCGUCGAUGAUAUUGCAGAGGUUAUUAGCAGGAAAUGUGUUCAGAGAGAAACAGAAACGGUUUAGGAACAUGUAUUUGCCGGAUCCCCUGAAUACCGAAGCCAAGUAUUUGUACCGGCUGGAUACGCUGUGGACGUAUAAGACUAUCGAGACUACAGGUAAGGCAGUGGCCAGUGCGAGUUGGUGUACGACGAAUGGAGAUAUCGUUGCAAUUGCGUAUGGGAUUUAUGGAUUCACCUGCUUCGACGAUCGCAGCACCGGAUAUGUUUGCGUGUGGAGUAUUAAGAAUCCGGUAAAUCCGGAACGGAGGUACAAGUUUCCGGUUCCGGUGACGGCAGUGGAAUUUUCGAAGCGAACUCCUCAGCUAUUGGCUAUCGGAUUGUAUGAUGGUUCGGUGCAGGUCUUGGACAUUACAGACAACUCGCAGAUUCCGGUGGGUGUUUCGGAGCGUAGAACUUCCCCUGGUUUUGAACCCAUUUGGGACAUCGAGUGGAUUGAAUCGGAUCUGGACAAAGACGAGAUUUUGACUGCUGGACAGGAUGGAACAAUUAUGAAGUACACGUUGAAUAUUGGACAGUUUUUGCUGGGAUAUCGGCAGCUGAAGUUGGAUCGCGUCGAAGGUGAAACUGAAGGAAUCAAGGUUAUUAAGAAGAAGGAUUUCCUCGAAGCGGAUCGCCAUCCGCAGGCUUUGUGCUUGAAGAUUCAUCCUGUCAAAAAGGAUAUUUAUUAUGUCGGAACGGAUGAAGGUUGCGUGCAUCGGUGUUCGAUUAACUAUCCCUACCAACACAUUGGAGUAGUGCAGAUGCAUAGUGGAGGUAUUUUCUGUAUCGAAUAUUCGCCUUGGAGUCCGAAAGUGUUUUUGACUUGCGGCGGAGAUUGGAGUAUUCGUAUAUGGAUUGAAGAUAUCAUGGAACCUAUUAUCACCCUGACGACUGGAUUUGGACCCAUUCAUGCAGCCUAUUGGUCUCCGGUGAGCUCAACAAUUAUCGUGAGUGUGACCAGAAGCUCCGUUCAGCUGUGGGAUUUGAAGAGGCGUCUGCUGAAACCAGCUUCAUGUACAACCUUCGGUGAUUCCACCACUCAAUUGACAAUCGUCAAGUUUGCCAACUGUGGACGAAGUUUGAUAGUGGGAGAUACUGAGGGUCGCAGUUAUGUAUGCGCUCUAGAAGACAUGCCAUUUCCUCCACAUUUCCAAUACGAUGAUCUCCAAGCAGCGCUCUACAGAAGUUUGAUCUGCAAUCCAGAACUGCUGAAACAAGUUAAACGGUUUGGCUAUCUGGGUUACUAAAACUCCCCUCUUUCAAACUGUAUGAAUGUUGUGAAUAAAAUAUUUUCUGCUUAUCAAAUCUUAAACUGGUACUUAAAAGCUUCCUGUGGAGUGCAAGUUCGGUGUGGUCCUCGCUAAAAACUCGCUACGAACAUCUAUUCCAUUUUACGGCCUGCGAUCGUCGAUAUUGCUGGCUCUCUCUCUCUCUCAAUCAAUGACGACUUUCAAAUGGGUCGUAAAAAAGUCACAACAAAUCCUCUAAUGCUCAUCGUUUGAUCGUGUUUAGAUUGUGUUUUUAUUGCCUUCUGCGAUCAUCGCACAACACAAG